GUUUUAAAGAAAUUUACAUAUUAUUGCCUUUAUUAUAUCUAUUUUAAUUUAUUUUCAGAAAUGAGAAAAGAUGGACAUAUGCACUUGGCGAUGUAUGUGCUCUUAUUUGGAAACGCAUUUUGUUUAGUUUCAGUUCCAUUUGUGCGCGGUCCGGACCCCUGGUCCGACAAGACCGGGUUACUGAAGAUCCAGUAUUACUGCAACUUCCGCGCACCAGAAGUAGGCUUGGUCACCAGCAGGUCGGCGAGAUUGUUAGUCAUUUUCAAUCAAGACGUACAGGAUAUCUUGGACUGGAACAUGCUUACUUUGUCGCCCGCAAGCGCUUACCGUCCAGACAAGGUGUUCGUCUUGACAAACGAAAACAAUACGGAUUUCACCAACUUCCAGUGGUCCUUCCACGUGGUAUGGAAAGGAGACAUCGAUUAUGGUCCUCCCGUCCGCACUUCCACCCCCGCACCCACUGGAACAUGUCAGCUCGUCACUGAUUUCGUCACUGUUCCGAUUGAGCGCGGCUCCAGGUCGGACCUCAAAAACCUCGUGAAGAGGCCGGUAGGACCUGUAAAUAAACUCCGAUUAAAAAAAAAAAUUUAGCGCGGCUCAAAGCCGUGGUCCGAAGAGUCCGGUUUACUUAGGAUCCAGUAUUACUGCAACUUCCGCGCACCGCAAAUAGGAUUGGUUUCCGGCAGGAUGGCGAUAUUGUUAGUCAUGUUCAAUCAAGACGUACAAGAUGUCGUGAACUGGAACAUGCUCACUCUGUCCCCCGCAAGCCUCAACAGGUCGGACAAGGUGUUCGUCCUGACAAACGAAAACAACACGGACUUCACCAACUUCCAGUGGUCCUUCCACGUGUUAUGGAAAGGAGUCAUCACUAAUCCCGAACCCACGGGCACGUGUCAACUUUUCAAAGGCAAUGCGGAUUUUACCACUCAUGCGCCUGUGUCUUUCACUCAAGCGCCUGAAUCACGCUCAGUUUCGACAUCUGGAUACGUCGGCAUUGGAAUUGGUGUCUUUGUGAUAGUUCUCGUCGCGGCAGCAGAUGUUGUCUUCGUUUACAAAAGACGCCGAAGGCAGCUGCAUACUGAAGAUCCAUAUUCCCGAUACUCUCCAAAAGCUGAUAAAUGUGAUGUGCCCACAGACAUUGACAAUGUGCCGAAGCCCCUUCCCAAGCCCAGACAUUCAUACCUCGAGCUGGAUGGUGCGGUCUAUGAUGAAAUAGAGGACGUCGCAAGUUCGAUAUCGCAGCCUGACAACGGGUACCUUACAUUGGUAACUGCAUCGCAUUUAACAGACAUACCUGCACCACUUAAAACCAAGGACGAGCAGUUACUUCCAGUGCGUGUUACUUCGUACGAAACACCAACGUCCCUGAUUAGCCUGGGCGAAACACAUAUGCAUUAAGUCCAGUUUUCCCAGAACAAGGCUCAACUGAUAAACAGUAACUUCCAGCGUGUGUUGCUUCGUAUGAAACACAAAUGACAACAUAUCUUAAAAUCCUUUCUAUUGAGUACAGAAAACUGAAUAUUACUUUUAUAUAUAGAUUGAUAAUUUUUGUAACAAAUUGAUUUUUAUACUAUUUUAAAAUGCAUUGUAUUCGCUCAAACCCACGCUGUAUGAUG